UUUCUUAUCUGAUCAUUAGGUUAUGUUAUUUUCGCUCGUUGUCUACGAAGUCUAUCGAACCAGUCAAAUGAAAAUAAUACUCAACGAAAAUUCGUACUCAACGAAGUAACCAGUCGAAUAAGCCCAUUGAUAACCUGUCCGCGCGCGCGGUAUGAAAAUAUAAACAUGUUUUUGAUAUUUUCAUGUUAGUCAUUUGUUGAUUAUUCAGCUGUCUGGUAUUACUGUAUUAAGAAAUCUGGAUGGAUGAAUAGAAUUUUACAUUGCAACUCUUUCAUUAAUGGCAUGUCAUCUCCACCAAGUGGUAGUAAAAAAACUCCCAAUUAAACUACCAUGUGCCUCAACCAGCAAACUACUGAAGCUAAACAGUUUCUCAGUAAUUCGACUAUACUCCUUUCUUCCCCAAGUAAGUUUUCUGGCAGAUCAUGGUACCUGUAAGACACAAAAAAGUUAUUGUACAGUGUAUGGUGUUCACAUUCAUCAACAGCAGCAUGCAAGAUGGCUGAAAAUAGUGAGGAAGAGAGAUUUGUACACAGGAGUACCGCUGAUGAAACGGAUGCUAAAGAUUCAUUCUGCCGAAGAUGCGCAGAUUCCGACUGCAUCGGAGAUGAAGCUAGCUCUUCAGUCACAUGGUUGGGAUGUUGUUGCAGGAUACACAUGUUUCCAAAUGGGAUGUCCAUUCUGUGAAGAAGCAGAGAAGAAGCUUUAUGUAAAUAUGACUUCAGGAUUCCACAUCUGCAAGUGUCAAAAAUUUCAAGGUCCUUGGCGCCACUUACAAGACAGUAUCAGUGUUGCGAAACGAGAGAAUAUUUCAUUGGAUGCUGAUGAGAAUGUGACUAAGUAUCAGGAUGAUGUGGAAAGACGCAAGGAAGAAUUAGACGAAGGCAUCACCAGAUGGAUGGAAUCAAGUGAGUUUAGUCAACUGGAGCAGCGAACUAAUGGAGCUUUCAAAAAAUUAUUCCAGAUUGAGGCACUCUCAGACAUUGCUCUUAAUAAGCUAAAUGUUAAAGUUUGCAAGAAGGAUAAAAAACUGUUUUUACCGCUUCAUAACCAUGAAAUGAAAAUCAGUGCUAUAAAAGUUCUUGAGAUGAAGAAAGUCACCCGAAGCAAACAGGUUAACUUGGAAGAAGCGACAUACCCCAGAUUGAAUCCAGAUGGUCUUUUUGGCUAUCAGUUGUUGGAUCCAAAUGCAGAAGCGGUUGUACUAACUGUAAAUGAGUUUGAUGCUGUGGCAAUUCACCAGAAGCUUCAGACAUCAGUGCUCUCACUUCCCAGAGGUCUCUUAACUCUUCCACAGGAGAUUUUACCAAUGCUUGAGCAUUUCAAGAAAAUUUUCCUGUGGUUUGGAAAUGAUGUCAGGUCUUGGGAAGCUGCAAGAAAAUUCUCAAAGAAAUUGAGUUCUAAACGCUGUCAUCUUAUCAGACCUUUGGAUGAACUCCCAGCCCCACUGCAGGCCCUAAACAUGAAUAUUGAUUUGAGAAGUAUACUGAAGAAAGCUCAGCCUGUUGCCCAUAGGUCAAUAGUUUCUUUCCAAAAUAUACGGGAGGAGGUUUUUCGUGAACUCACAGAUACAGACCAAGUGGCUGGUGUCAAGUGGCAGCGUUUUCCACAGCUCUGUAAUAUGCUGAAAGGUCACAGGAAAGGUGAAUUGACAGUUUUUACUGGUCCAACAGGCAGUGGCAAGACUACAUUCAUCAGUGAAUACUCACUGGACCUGUGUAUGCAGGGGGUGAAUACACUUUGGGGAAGUUUUGAGAUCAAGAAUGUUCGACUUGCGAAAAUUAUGCUUCGCCAGUUAUCUCAAUUAAAUAUUGAGAAGAAUAUGGAGGUGUUUGAUUUAUGGGCCGACAAGAUCGAGUUGUUACCUCUUUACUUCUUAGACUUCCACGGCCAACAGGGUAUCAAGGCAGUCGUUGAGGCGAUGACACAUGCUGUGUACGUACAUGAUAUUGAGCAUGUCAUAGUUGACAACUUACAGUUUAUGGUUGGCACUUCUGACAGAAACAUCAAUGACCGCUUUGCAGUAUAUGAUGCCAUCAUCGCUACGUUUCGCACUUUCGCAACGAGGAAUAAUUGUCAUGUGACUGUGGUUAUUCAUCCACGUAAGGAAAAAGAUUCCGACGAGCUGCAGACGGCAUCAAUCUUUGGGAGUGCCAAGGCAAGCCAGGAGGCAGACAACAUUCUGAUACUUCAGGAUAGGAGGCUAACCUCCUUAAGGGGGAAGAAGUACAUUCAGGUUGCCAAGAAUAGAUUUGAUGGAGACCUUGGUAUUGUGCCUCUGUUUUUUGACAAGGACUCACUAUGUAUGUCAGCCCCUCCCAAAACAAGGACCAAGAAGUCACCAAAACUGAAGAAGGAUGAUAACGAGUCGCAAGUGCUUGGCGCUAAACCUGUUUCGCUGACAGAUAUUUUUAUUGAAAAUGAUAAACUAGCUGAAUGAACUGUUACAUCAUGACAGCAUGUGACACUGCUUCAUUUUAUUGAUUGGUAAUGCCAUGUUAUAUGGGAUAGCAAAAUCGCAAAUACAACGUUUGCAGCGCUGCAAAAUAUGGCAGCUAGAGUCGUAACUUAACCAAACCGAAUGCUCACAUAAUUCCAGUUUUGAUGGACUUGCACUGGUUGCCUAUUCAACCACGGAUUAAGUACAAACUGGCACUGUUUGUUUACAAGAGAUCUGACCUUGUGGAUCAUUAUGAACCAUCGCGUAGAAGCCUA